UCACUUGGUUGGCCACAUCCCACUGGCCCUUGGACUGUAGUAUCCAGCAGUGUCGCCUGCAUCAUGGGGGGCCUUAGACCCUACAACAGGCUUCUGUUCCUGCCUCUUCUUCUGACUGUGGGUGGUCUCAGCCCUGUCCAGUCCCACUGCGAAUGCAACUGCUCUGCGGUGAGCCCUGGUGUGCUGGCCGGUAUUGUGUUGGGGGACCUGGUACUUACCCUCCUCAUCGCCCUGGCUGUAUACUCUCUGGGCCGGCUGGUCCCUCGGGGGCGAGGGGCUGUGGAGGCAGUGACCCGGAAACAGCGCAUCACUGAGACAGAGUCACCUUAUCAGGAGCUCCAAGGUCAGAGACCGGAUGUCUACAGUGACCUCAACACACAGAGGCAGUAUUACAAAUGAGCCCAAACCAUGGCCCAAACCCGAUGCCUGGAUCCAGCUAUUCCUGAUGUCUACCCAGCACUCUAUUCCUACUCCCACCACAUACAGAUCUACAGAGUGGCCUCUCUGAGAUAUCAGACUUUCCCUGCCCCCAAAUAAACAUGGAACACAAAA